GCACGCCGAGAAUUGUAGUUCCGGCAACGUACGGCGGCUGGGAUAGGCGUGCUGCACGAUGUUGCCCGAAAUAUUGGUGCGGGGGGCCCGGGUGGCCGCAGGCAGGUUCCCCGGGCUGGGGUCUCGUCUUGUUGCCCGCUUUUCCCCACAGCGGACGCCCGAGAACCGCCUGGUCAUGCAGCGGAGCCUGCACGCGACAGUGUCCCGGGCUCUCCCGCUCAUUCCCAUCGUGGUGGAGCAGACGGGUCGCGGGGAGCGCGCUUAUGACAUCUACUCACGGCUGCUGCGGGAGCGCAUCGUGUGCGUCAUGGGCCCAAUUGACGACAGUGUUGCCAGCCUGGUCAUCGCACAGCUGCUUUUCCUGCAGUCUGAAAGCAACAAGAAGCCCAUCCACAUGUAUAUCAACAGCCCUGGUGGCGUGGUGACCUCAGGUCUGGCCAUCUAUGACACGAUGCAGUACAUCCUGAACCCCAUCUGCACGUGGUGUGUGGGACAGGCCGCCAGCAUGGGCUCCCUGCUUCUGGCCGCAGGCACCCCGGGCAUGCGCCACUCGCUCCCCAACUCCCGCAUCAUGAUCCACCAGCCCUCUGGGGGCGCCAGGGGCCAAGCCACAGACAUUGCCAUCCAGGCAGAGGAGAUCAUGAAACUCAAGAAGCAGCUCUACAGCAUCUACGCCAAGCACACCAAGCAGAGCCUGCAGGUGAUUGAGUCGGCCAUGGAGAGGGACCGCUACAUGAGCCCCAUGGAGGCCCAGGAGUUUGGCAUCUUAGACAAAGUCCUGGUCCACCCUCCCCAGGAUGGUGAGGACGAGCCUGAGCUGGUGCAGAAGGAGCCCGCGGCCGCAGCGACCACAGCAGAACCUGCCCCAGCGAGCACCUGAGAGCCAGCCCUCACCCUCCGGAGGAAGGCGGGGGGCAGCCCUCCCCAUCCCUCGGCCCUGAGCCUGGAGGGGCCCCUUGAGGAACUCUGGAUUUGGGAGUGCCCCUCGAGGUGGCAUCCCCAGCUGAGACACUGUGACUUUAAAUUAAAUCUUUGUAGCCUUUG